AUGCUUGAUUUUGCGGGUAUGGUGGAUGGUGACGCCGACGGCAUGACUUCCAUCUACGUCCAUUACGCGAGAAACCGCGAUGACGGCGAUCGAGACAACAGGGCCAACUUUUCGACCAACUGGACAUGUCCGGUCUGCGACUUUUCAAACUAUCCGACCAGAAAUCGUUGCAAGAACUGUGGCGGUCCUCCAAUCGACCCGUCACAAUAUCGCCACCUUUUAACCGGUGAGAGCGAUGCGGCUGAUACGCCCUCUCAGAUUCUGGUGUUCUUCCCGUUAGCCUCCUCCGUCACCGAGGACGUUCUCGCCGCAGGUGCUGCGAAGUUGGAACUCGCACAGAAACCAGCGGCCCCGAGGAACCCUGGAGACCCGCCAAAGCUCAAAUCCACUGCGCCGACCGGCGACGCUUCUGGUUACGGCGCGAGGCCAGGUUCCUUGCACCGCAUAUUCUUGAUGCGAGACCAGGAGACAAACGAAUCAUUCAAUUUCGGAUUCGCAGAGUUCUGGACCGUUGAGGAUGCCCUGGCUGCGCAGCAGAAGUUCAAGAUGAUGCGCGAGUUUACCAUUGCCUCCAAACCAGUUACGGUCUCGACUAUCCACCUGGGCGUCUUUGUGCCAGAGUUGAGAGAAGUCACACGUGCAAUCGAGCACGUUUCAUUCAACCCGCUCUUCAACCCGACCCUACGGGUCAAGUACUGGGAGCCUCAUGUUUUCCCCAGUCAGAAGAUCAUAACAGAGACGCCCCCAGGCGGCCUAUCUGUCAAUGACAAGACGGAUGUGAACGACGAGUCCAAGAAGAGUAAGAAGCGCAAGGCUGACGCAAACUUGUCGUCUUCGACCAUCAAGAAAUCAGCACCAAUGGCUGGGCAAAUGGCUUUCUGGCAGAGACGACACGAUGAGAUUCACGAGGGCAAGCGAGCUGCAGACCAAGGUUCAGGCUCUGAAGGCGGUGGUGACGAGCGUGCGCCAGUCAAGAUCGCCUUAUCCGGACCAAACGCAAUCCCAAGUGGCCCGAUCAAGAUAUCUUUGACCGGAGCAUCUCUAUCUAACCCCCCUCCUCCGCCAGCAACAUCGCCGCCAAAAGAGCCCAUUGCUGCACCUCCUGCCCCGCCCCCAACUGGUGCUGCAAGUCCUGACCAAGCUGCUUCACCCACACCUGCAGUGUCUUAUGUCGAUCGGGAAAAGGUGUGCUGCCUGCUUUGCAUGAUGAAGUACAAAUCUUUGGAUGAUCUCAACACGCACGAAAAGUCAAGAAACCACAAGAACGCAAUGGCAGACGAAGAGAAAGUCAAGGCAGCCAAGCCCCGACUGGCGGCUCGGGACAAGAGAAUGGGGAAGCAGACAGGAGAGCAGGCAAAGAACGAGGAUUCGGCGCCUCAGUACCGGGACCGCGCAAAGGAGCGCAGAGAGGUGUACAGCCAACCCGCGAAACCUAAGGUCGCGCCCCAAAGCGGCAAGCCAGGACGCAAGGACGACAAACCCGCUCGUCCGCCCGCCGAGAAAACACCGCCCCCGCAGCAGUCCAAGGGUGCCGGCAUGCUAGCCAAGAUGGGAUGGAGCACUGGACAGGGACUAGGCGCCAACGGCGACGGACGCACCGAAGUGAUUGCGACGCAUGCGUACCAGGAAGGCGUCGGUCUCGGUGCGGAGGGCGGAAACUUGGGCGACGCAGCGGAGUUGGCCCAGCGCAAGACGAAGAACAGCUAUGCCGAGUACGUGAACACGGUGCAGGACAGAGCCAGGGAGCGAUACAACAAGAUGAACUAG